GAGUGGUGACGGGGCCUCAGCUGCCCUGUGACUGACUUCGAGGACGCUCGAGGGCUUUCCUGCUCCUUGGUUCUCCUCUCCGCUCACCUCAGAGGUCACUUCCUCUGGGAGACCUCCCUGGCACUGGGAUUCAUCUGGCCGCCUCCCUGGCAUUCUUCACACUUACUUGGUAGUUCUCAGUCCGCAUUCUGAGGGCGGCGGCUCCACUUGGGCUGAUCAAGGAAGAGGAAGCAGGAUGUCCGGCUUGGGGGCUACAGCUCCAUACCUGCAUCACCCAGCAGACAGUCACAUUGGCCAGGCCAGUUUCUUGGGGCCCCAGCUGCCUCCAGAAGUGGCAGCAAUGACCAGGGUCCUGGAAAGUCUGGACAGAAGCACAUUCAAAAAGCUGCUGAAGCUUGUAGUUUGCAGCCUGCAAGGGGAGGACUGCCGAGAAGCCGUACAGCACCUCAGUGCCAGUGCCACCUUCCCGGAGGAACAGCUGGGUCUCCUACUUGGAGGUACAUACACACUCCUCCAGCAGGCCCUCCGUUUGCCCCCCAGUAGCCUGAAGGUAGACAUCUUCAAAGACCAGCUCCAGGAGCUUGGCAUUCCCUCAGACCUGGUUGGAGACUUGGCCGGCGUAGUAUUUGGGGGACAGCGGCCCCUGCUGGACUGUGUGGCCCAGCAGCCAGGGGCCUGGCUACCCCACAUCUCCAGUCUCCGAUGGCGGGUGGAUGUGGCAAUCUCCACCAGUGCCCUGGCCCGUUCCCUACAGCCAAGUGUGCUGAUGCAGCUGAACCUCUCAGAUGGAUCUGCCUACCGCUUGGAGGUCCCCACAGCUAAGUUCCAGGAACUUCGGUAUAGUGUGGCCCUGGUCUUGAAAGAAGUGGUAGAGCUGGAAAAGAAGUGUGAGCGCAGACUGCAGGACUGAGCCCUCACGUGUCAGGCAUUCCAGCUGGUGUGAAGUCCCACCUCCUAUGUAGCAGGCUUCUAUUGAGGGUCUGGAUUGUAAGCGUGUGAUUUUGUUUUAAUAGUUUUGAAAUAAAUUUUAUUUGGCAUGUUUUUCCUAA